CCGUCUAGGUGUACUAGUCGCCACCGACCAACCCUGGAGCCUCCUCGAUCCGCUGCUCCUCGCCAUGUCCGACAGUCCGACUCUUUACGCUCCAGCCCUUAGACUGACUUUCCAGCCUAACGCGUUGCUGCCCUUGCCCUUGAAAACUCCAUGGGCGUGUAGUUCCUUUCAGAACGCCUAGCGCCGUCACCUGUACGCCUCGCGAGCGGCAGCCGUUGUUACAUAUGGACGACACGCACGAGCUACUAAGUUAGAGCCGCUUACUAGUCUCCGCUUUUCUACCCUUACGUCCGCGCAAUCGCGCGGGAAUAAAUCUUCAAGCGCUCGUCUUUUGAACACUAGUCGAUCUCCGGUCGUAGCCGCACUAGUGAGGGGCCAAUUUGAGCCCCCCUCGCGACUUGAUAGGCUUUCAUCUUGCCGCGUAGAUUAAGAACGUCGAUUGAUUCGUCGUGCUUCGACAGAUCCAACCCAAUUCGGCCCUUUACCGCUCCAAUCCAACUCCCGCCUUACGGCAAUCAUUGCUAAUCGGGGAUCUGGUCCCGUCUCCUUCCCUCGUCUUCCUCCUCCACUCGCUCCGUACUGCUCGGCCGCACCUCGCUAGUGCACGCCCGUUCUGGACGCACGUAGCGUCGCUCCCCCGGUCCCUAUAGGCACAAGUCCAGCCGCCAGCACCCUUGUCCGCGACAGCGGCUGUGCGGCCCGUUAGGCGCUUAAACACCCCGUUCGCGACGGCGGGCGUUGCGGCAGUAGCGCGCGCAGGCGGGCAGGACGUGGGGGGACCUCUCGAUUCUGCCAGUCUUUUGCACUCGCACUCGGGGCGGGCUUGGAGCGGCAAGUAUCGUGCGCGACGCGUCUUGUGCGCGUAGAGGAGCCGGGAGCCAUGCGCAGGCGGCGACGUGGCAGCAGCCACGGAGAGCUUUUCUGCCGGCUGCUCCUGUCGCUGCUGUGCCUGCUUCCUCCCAUGCUCACACUCGCUCGUGCCAGUGGCUACCCUAGCAUUCCAGCAACAGUGGCGGCAGCAGAUACAGUCGCAGCAGGAGCAACGGCUGACAGGGCAGCGGCAACAGCAGCAGUGGCACCAGCAGCAGCAGGGGCAUCUGGCAGUUACCUCCCGGUUUCAACCUAUUCGCUCCAUAGACGCACCUUCCACCACAGUCACACAGCAUCAGCACAAGCCACGGCAGGCAAAGUACCACCCUCCCACGUGCGACUGUCGUCGUCUGUAAGCCGCCCCACUCACAGCAGCUUUAGCAGCACGACUCGCGUCAGACCCAGCUCUAGACUGCCCUCUCUUGCGCCCCUCCCUGCCAUGUUGCCUUCACACAUCGGCCCAGAGGCAGGGGCAAGGGCAGGGGCAGGGGUAAUAGGAGGAGUAGCAGCGGCAGAGGCGGUGGCAAGAACACCAGGGUCGACGACAGGGGGACAGGGGCAGAUGACAGGGGGCGAGAUUGAAGGGGCUGGUAGCCGGUUACCAGUGCAAGGGAGAGACGAGCGCGGUGAGGGUGCUGUGGUGGUUGCUGCGUCCAGUAGGAUUGGCGGUAUGGAGGACGGGCAGCAAUCUUUGAGUGCCAGGUCAGCAUCGUACAACACUGCUCUCAUGCCAAGCAUUGGGAUCAGCAGCGGCUCUCUGCAGAGGCAGCAGCAGCUGUUAAAGCAGCAGCGGUGGCGACAGUGGCAGCACCAAAUGCAGAGGCAGCAGCAGCAGCAACAGCUAACGCAGGUGCAGCAACAGCAACAGCAACAGGUGCAGCAGGUUCAGCCUCGGAAUUUCCUCAUGCCGUCGAUAAGUGCUUUCCAACCCCAUCUGCUUCAGACGCCUGAGCCCAGUGGUACCAGCAGUAGCCCCACACAGGGGGGGGCACAGGGGGCUCUGGUGCUGCCGCUCCUGCCACACACCAAUCUGUCCGGCUCACUGCAGAGGGGAAAUCAGAUGCAACCGCCGGAGGGCUUCAGUCAGUGGCAAGGGCCAACUGUUGUGCAUCCCGUGCAGCAGCAGCCGCCCACGCAGCCACAGGAGGGGCAGCAGCCCAUGCAAGCAGAGGCAGGGAAGCAGCCCAUGCAGGCGCGGCUUCCAAUGGACCAGCCAGCCGUAGUCAACUACCCGCAGGUGCCAGAGUCCACGAGCCACCAGAUGAAACCGCGAGACCAGCCGCUGGCUGUGAUGCAGAAGAAACAACGAAUGCGAGACAGAGAGGUGGACUGCCCGUACAGGCCUGAAGGGCAGGGCCAUAACCUGCACCAGUGCGCCAUGGGGUAUGCGAGGUGGGGGGGGGUGACUGGGGGAAAGGGCAAGGUGGUGUACUGGGUGACAUCCUCCAUGGACCACCCCACGAGCCCCCUGCCGGGUUCCCUGCGGUGGGCGCUGAACAAGCACCGCAGCGGCGCCAUCAUCAGGUUCUCCCGCAGCAUGGCGAUUAACCUCACCGACCGCCUCUUCGUGCGCUCUGAUACCACCAUUGACGGGCGCGGGGCGACUGUGAAGAUCAAUGGCCCCAUGGCGGUGUACAGGUCGCGGAAUGUGAUUAUACACAAUGUGGCGAUAGGGAAUGCUAAAGGGAACACGGAUGCGCUGCAUAUACGGAACAGCUCGCGCGUGUGGGUGGACCACUGCAAAGUCACAAAUGCGUACCGCGGUACGAUUGAUGUCGUGAAGGGGUCAACCAAUGUGACUAUAUCGAACUGCUUCAUCCGCAACUUUGGCUUCACCAUGCUGCUGGGCGCAGCAGACAACGACACCUUUGACCAGCAGAUGCGGGUGACGGUGUACCGCAACUGGUUCGCAGGGUCAGGCCAGAGGCAGCCGCACGGCCGGUGGGGGAAGAUCCACGUGGCCAACAACCUCUACACCAACUGGACCUACUACUGCCUCGGCGGCCGCGUGCACGCCAACAUCCGGUCAGACCGAAACAUUUUCAUCGCGGGCAAAGGGCGGAAGGAGGUGACGCCGUGGUUUGGGCCGCAGAGCCCGUCGAUCCCCGGGUUUGACAACACCCCGACGAUCCGCUCGUUCAACGACUCGUUGCGCAACGGAGCCACCUUCCAUGUCUUCCUGGGGACCCCACCCAAGCCGACCUUUGUCCCGCCUUACAAGCUGCCCCUCCAUACUGCGGACGACGCUCUGAGGGCGUUUGUGACAAAGAAUGCCGGGCCUCGAGUGGGCUCCGCACCUCUCCUGCCCUGCACCUCCACCACCUGCUGGAGCUGCUGCUGACACACUGCCCUCGUGUGCUGCCCCACCUCUAUGCACUCACUGUCUUUGAGCAGACAAUACAAUUAUAUGAAUACGUUGUUAUGGAGGCAUGUUAUUUAUCAUUUUAAGGGCGAAU